GUUUCCCAGAGUCCCAUUUAAACAAAUACAGUACUGAAGAUGGCGGAGAGUUAAUGGGGGCAAAAAGAAACUGGUGUAGCAUACUAAAUGAAUGCAUGGAAACGGGUGCUGAUAUGCGCUGAGGAUGAGUGGAGUAGGGGAGAACACGCUGGAGUCACUGGGCGCCGACCGGAAACGCAAAGUUUCCACCUGUGACACGCCAGGCCUGGGGUGUGACAAGCGCCGGAGGGAGCAGGAGAGCAAGUACAUCGAGGAGCUGGCGGAGCUGAUCUCGGCCAACCUCAGCAGCAUCGACAGCUUCAACGUGAAGCCCGACAAGUGUGCCAUCCUCAAGGAGACGGUGCGGCAGAUCCGACAGAUCAAGGAGCAGGGAAAGAGCUCUUGCAGUGAUGAUGAUGUCCAGAAGGCAGACGUGUCCUCUACGGGCCCCGGGGUCAUCGACAAGGACCAUCUGGGGCCGCUGCUACUACAGGCCCUGGAUGGGUUUCUGUUUGUGGUGAACUGGGAGGGCAGCAUCGUGUUUGUAUCUGACAACGUGACCCAGUACCUGCAGUACAAACAGGAGGAGCUCAUCAACACCAACGUCUACAACAUCCUCCACGAGCAAGACAGGGAGGAGCUGCACAAAAACCUGCCCAAGACCAACGUUCCCAAUGGGGGGUCGUGGGGCGGCGAGGCCCCGCGGCAGAAAAGCCACACCUUCAACUGCCGCAUGCUGGUGAAGUACGGUCACGGGCAGAGCCAUGGGCCGUCAGAGGAGGGGCCCAGGGGCCAGCGCUACGAGACCAUGCAGUGUUUUGCCCUCACUCAGCCCCGGGCCAUGAUGGAGGAGGGCGAAGACCUGCAGUCGUGCAUGAUCUGCGUGGCUCGGAGGAUCACGGCUGUGGAGAGGACAGAGAGGUUCAGUACUCGCCAUGAGAUCUCAGGGAAGCUGAUAGAGAUUGAGCAGCAGGGUUCCCUCCACACCACCAUGCGGCCCGGAUGGGAGGACCUGGUCAGGCGCUGUAUGCAGAUGUUCCUCCAUCGCAGCGAGGGCCAGCCCUGGUCCUACAAGCGCCACUACCAGGAGGCCUUCCUUCACGGUCAUGCAGAGACGCCGCUCUACCGCUUCUCCCUGUCUGACGGCACCCCGGUCACGGCUCAGACCAAGAGCGACCUCUGCCGCAACCCCAACUCCAGCGAGCCGCCCACCUUCCUCUCCACUCACCUGCUACAGAGGGAGCCAAAUGGAUUUCGCAACAACCAGGGGGUGGGCAUGAGGCCCCAGGCCAUGGGGGUCAACAACCCUAAUGCCCAGUCCAACAUGGGCCCCUCUGGAGGCAUGCCUAUGGGCAUGAACAGGGGCUAUGCCAUGGGUGAACAAGGCCACAUGGGACAGAGAGGGGCUCCCCCUUAUGGAGGAGGCAACAGGAUGAAUCAGAUGAGCCCAAUGCACCAGAUGAAUCCAAUGCAUCAGAUGAAUCAGAUGAAUAACAUUAAUCAGAUGAAUAACAUGAGUCAGAUGAAUUCCAUGAAUCAAAUGAACUCGAUGCAUCCAAUGAACUCUCAGAUGAACUCCAUGAGUCCAAUGAAUCAGAUGAGCCACCAUGGCAUGCACCACCAGCAGCAUCAAGGUCAGUUCCACGGAGGGGGCUAUGGACUGGGGAUGAACAGUCCCACCCAGAGCAGCCCAGGGAUGAACGCCCCCCAGCACAUCAUGGGCUCUCCCAGGGUCAGAGGCAGCCCCAAAACAGGAGCCGGGCCCUUCUCACCUGGAGGCAUGCAUUCUCCCAUGAGUUCCAGUCACCCAGGUGGUUCAGGGUCGGGGGGCUCAGGGGGGAGCACCACCUUCUCCAGUAGCUCCCUCAACGCUCUGCAGGCCAUCAGUGAGGGGGUGGGCACCUCCCUGCCCUCCUCGCUCCCCUCAGCUCUCACCUCGCCUCCACUACACAAGCCCGACAGCUCCCCUAGCAUAAACUCCACUCAGCAGAACCAGAGCCAGGUCCAGUCCCAGGGUGGGCCUUGUAAGCCAGGACCCUUAGCCCACUCGGACUCUAAGAGCCCAGGCAGCUCCCUGGGCAGUGCUGGGGAGCAGCUUUCUCAACAGCACCCGCACACCCCGACCACAGAGGGGCCAGACAAGCCCGACAGCCAGGCCGGCAGAGAGGGGGCUCAGCCCGGGGGCGAGCCGAGCCGGCGCGUCCCUGACGCCAAGAGCCACAAGAAGCUCCUGCAGCUCCUCACCUCCCCAACAGACGAGCUGGUGCAGCCUAACCCCACCCCUGGCUCAGGCUCCAUCCCCAUGGGGGCUGAGGGGAAGGAUGGGCUGGCCUGUGUCACCAGCCCCUCCUCCACAGGCGUGUCCUCUUCCACCAAUGGGGUUUGUCCCCAGGGCCUGGGGGUUGCGGUGUCUUCCACAGGGGCAGCGGGAAACUUCGCCAACCAGUCCUUGCAGGAGAAACACAAGAUCCUCCACAAGCUGCUGCAGAAUGGCAACACCCCAGAUGAGGUGGCCCGCAUCACGGCAGAAGCCACGGGGAAGGCUCCCCUGGGCCAGGAGGCUGGAGGGCUGGAGGCUGGGACGGGAGGGUCCAGGGGGGCUGAUGUGAAGCAGGAGCAGCACAGCCCCAAGAAGGAGAAGACCCACGCCCUCCUCCACUACCUCCUCAACAAAGACGACUCGAAAGAUGGCUCUGAGGUCAAGCCAAAGCUGGAGGAGCUGGAGGGGAGGGGCCUCCAAGGAGCAGGCUCAGGCAUCACCUCCUCCGACCCCCACUUCCUGGAGGGGAAGGUCAAAACCGAACCACCUGAUGAGUUGGAAACCCUGGAGACCAUCCUGGGGCGCCCUAGGAACCCCAGCUCAGGGUUCUAUCCCGAGCCAGACGCCAGAGCAGGAAAGGAAGUGGGCACCAAGCUGGGGAACACCCCAGACAGUCUGCAUGAUGGGGAGAGAGGUCCCAUGGGCCCAGGCCAGAGAGGAGCCUAUCAAAGAGCUCUCUCUGUGGAUGCCAAGCCUGUGGGCGGGGCAGGAACCGGUCUGGCAGGGAGGAGGAACGUUCCUUGUCCCACUCUGGUCAAACUGGAGAACAUGGAGAGCCCCGUCCGACCUGGCAUGACCAACGGUUUCCCUGGAGGCGUGGGUCUGUGUCCACCACGGGGCGGCGCCACAAGAGGCAUGGGUAGAGGCAUGGGGAUGCCACAGCGCUCCCCCAUGGCAGGGCCAGGGGACUGGGGGAUGUCCAGGUCCAGUGCCAGUCCUUUGGGGCCCCAAGGGCACCCCGCCAUGGGCCGCCCCGGUAUGGUUGGAGGGCCCAUGAUGAACAGGUCCAACAGUGUUCCUGCCAACCCCCGAUCUAUUCUGCAGCAGCAGCUCAUGGAAAUGGGUUCCAAUGAGGUCAACAUGGUUAUGAGUCCCUUCGGUGGGCAGGGGCCCCCGCCCCAUUCACCUUCCUGGCCCGACAGUUCAGGGGGCAUGGACAGACCACAGAGCAACACCAGCAGGGGCCAUGUUGGGAACCCCCUGGAUGAGCUGCUAGUGCCCCCCUCCACCAGCGAGGGGCAGAGUGACGAGCGGGCGCUGCUGGACCAGCUCGACUGUCUGCUCAACAACGCUGAUGUCAUCGCCCUGGAGGAGAUUGACCGCGCCCUGGGCAUCCCAGACCUCGUGGGCCAGACCUCCCCAGGCCCGGAGCAGCGCCAGCGGCCCCCCUCAGAGUCCUUCCCUGGGCCAGACUCCUCCGUAGGGAUGGAGCAGAAGGCCAUGUAUAGUCAGGGCUACCCCGGCCCCCCCUCCAUGGGCAUGCAGCCUGCCUAUGGCGGAAACCCCAUGCAGGGCCAGUCCCCUGCAGGCUUUAACCCUAUGAUGAACCAGAUGGGCCAGCCUGGGGGCUUUCCAGGCAUGGGUGGCAUGGGUCACCCUCGAUCCAACAUGAUGAGGCCUCGCAUGAUAACUGCCACCAAGCCUCUCAGACAGCAUCUACAGCAGAGGCUGCACGGACAGCAGUUUAUGAACCAAACCCGUCAAGGCAUGCCAAUCAAGAUGGAAAACAACCCAGGAGGGAACCCUGCCAUGAGGCCUGGCAUGCAGCCUGGCAUACAGCCUGGUAUGCAGCCUGGCAUGCAGCCUGGCAUGCAGCCUGGCAUACAGCCUGGAAUGCAGCCUGGAAUGCAGCCUGGAAUGGCUGGCCAGCCGGGCUUCCUGAAUGCCCAGAUGAUGGCUCAGCGUAACCGGGAGAUGCACAUGAGGAGGCAGAGGAUAAUGAUGCUCAUGCACCAGCAGCAGCAGCAGCAGCAGCAGCAGGGGGCAGCAGCGGGCUUCAGCCCUCCUCCCAAUGUGACAGCUCCAACAGGCAUGGAUAGCCCCAUGGCAGGACCCCCCAUAAACCAGCCAGGGCAGCAGACUUUCAACUAUGGAGCCAACUAUGGAAUGAACCAGCAGGGGGAACCCUCUUUUAUGAGCACAGGCAACAGCCAGCCCAACACCAUGAUGCCAGGCAGAAUGGGAGGGCCUCAGAAUCCUAUGAUACAAGGCAUGCAGGGGAAUCCCCAGGGUGCCAAUAUGUACCAGUCUGCUGACAUGAAGAGUUGGGCACACGGCGGUGUGCCGAGAAACAAUUCAUACCCCCAGCAGCAGUUCUCCCAGCAGGGAAACCAGGGCCAGUUUGGAUCCAUGAUGAUGAAUGGUUCUAUGGGCACUCCAGGACCAGUUAGUGGGGCUGGAGGACAAAUGGGCCAGAUGCAGGGGCAAAUGGGCAUGAACUCCAUGGGAAUGGGCCGAAUGCCUAUGGGAACUGAUCAGAAGUAUUGCUGAGAAAGUGUGCCAGCAGUGAAAGCUCUCACCAAGGAGGCAGCAGAGACUGGGCAUCUCCAGAAGUGAGAGCUGCAGCCAGGAGACAGCCAGGAGACAGCCAGGAGACAGCCAGGAGACAGCCAGGAGACAGCCAGGAGACAGCCAGGAGACAGCCAGGAGACAGCCAGGAGACAGCCAGGCCCUGGGAGAGCACACAGCCCAGGACCUGCUCCUCACCUUCGACCUGUGUAGAGGACAUCCACUCAAAACAUGCCACCACAGGGACAAGGCUUGGGACUAACCCAUGAAUCCCCCCUUCAUGCAUCAUGUUUACCUCUGGACUGAUCGAUCACAUGGAGAGGCCCUUCUUUCCCUGCCUGUGUGUGUGAGUGAGAGUGAGAGUGAGAGUGAGAGUGAGAGUGAGAGUGAGAGUGAGAGAGAGAG